AUUUGGUGGAAUUAUGAUGAAUCUAUUCAUGGAGGGCGCGUUAUUUCAGGUGACAUCAGCUUAUUCCCUCUUUGGCUCGCCAGUCUCCUCUCCCUCUACAAAGCUUGCUUACCGCUCAUCAAUGGCGCGCUCCGUUCGAAUUGCCGUCGUCGGAGACGUUCAUGAUGACUGGAAUCUAUCAGAAGAUACCAAGGCACUACAACUUCUUCAGCCAGAUUUGGUGCUGUUCACAGGUGAUUUUGGAAAUGAGAAUGUUGAACUUGUUAGAAGUAUUGCAGACCUACAAUUUGCUAAAGCAGUUAUACUGGGGAACCAUGAUGCCUGGAGAACUCAACAAUUUGCUGAAAAGAGGAAGGACAAGGUUCAGCUUCAACUUGAGUGCCUUGGAGAGGAGCAUGUAGGUUAUCGCCGUUUGGACUACCCUGCAUUAAAGUUGAGCAUUGUUGGGGGGAGACCAUUUUCUUGUGGAGGUGAGCAGUUAUUUCGGAAAAGACUUCUGGCUUCAAGAUAUGGCGUCAAUGACAUGGAAGGAAGUGCUAAGAAAAUCUAUCAAGCAGCUUUGGGUGCACCAGAUGACUAUUCAGUCAUUUUUCUUGCUCAUAAUGGUCCUAAAGGGCUAGGUUCAAAGGUAGAUGACAUUUGUGGGAAGGAUUGGGGUUCUGGAGGUGGUGACCAUGGUGAUCUAGAUUUAACGCAUGCCAUAACCCAUUUGAAAGAAACAACAAAAUUGUCUAUCCCAUUGGUUGUGUUUGGCCACAUGCAUAAAGAGCUGUUAUAUGGAAAUGGCCUUCGAAAGAUGAUUGUCCAUGGUUCUGACAACACUAUAUACCUGAAUGGGGCCAUUGUUCCCAGAGUUAAAAAAAUGGAUGGUGACCAAUGUACAAGCAAUGGAAGCACGAACAAUGUAAACAAUGUAGUCGGAAUUCUUUCUCCAAAUUCAGCAGGUACACUUCGAGCAUUUACUCUUGUAGAGAUUUUGGAUGGGAAGUUAAAGAAAAUAACUGAAACAUGGGUUUCAGUUGUUGGAAGCAACACCAAAUUAGAGGAAGAAAACGUGUUGUAUAGUGCUGAUCCUAUGGGCACUGCGAAUUUAUAAUGGUGUCUCGUAUAGUAUGGUCCAGUAAUUAGCUUAUUGUCUUCUGCUAACAUUCUCACCACAUAUGAUGAGAUGUAUAUUUGUAUAACAGUGCAUUUGUGCUCAACUAAAAUAAAGCUUUAGAUUUAUCACCUUAUGAAUUAUUGAUUUAAAGAAUUAACUGUCAUCUUUUUCUGCCUGUA